AUGUCCAUUGAUUAUGUGCUUGAUACUAUUGCCAAGGUAUCUUUUUGUACUUUUCUGCCGGCGGUGGGCCAGAUUGAGAAGGGCGGGUUUUCAUGGAAGUUGCUUCUCAGAUAUCUCCACAAUUACAGGUCAGGGAUCUUCCAAAAUCAAGAAGAUUGGCGCAUAUGGCUAGGUCUCUUCACCUUACAAUUUGUAUGGCACUUUGGCCCGGGGUUGUGGUGUGGUAGGGGUGAACGGGGGAUAAUCCCACACAGGAGUUUCGAACAACGUCUGGUUCACAUUUGGCUGGAUAACUCCACCACCACACGGGGUAUGCGGUCGGCGAUGGGGUUAAAAUGCUUGUAUGAUCGAGGGCUUUUCGAUGGAUCUAUCGGCGGGUUCUUAUUCGAAAAAUUGAGCGAGUUCGUGGUGGAGCGCUUGUGUAUUACUCAGAUAGAAGCUUGA